AUGAGUCCUGAGCGUCGCAGGGUUUCUGUGCGCGGUCACAGGUUCGAUCCCCAGUGCCCGCCCGUGCAGACGGAGCAGCAGUGUGGAUUUCGUCUUGCAGGAGGAAAAGGUACCAAUUAUCUGAAUUACCAGAAAGGGUCCCGAUAUACCUACGAGUACACAACUGUUGUUCAUACCUUCUUACAAGGAAAUUCCCAUGAGAGCAGUGGGCUUACAGUAAAAUGUUUGGUGAAUAUUGAUGUUCUUGACAAGUGUCACCUAAUCUUAAUGCUCAGGCAAACCCAGAUUAAAGGAUCGAUGUCAAACAAGGAGGAGCUUGUUCCAGGUUAUGAGAAGCUCAGAGCUGCCCUUGAGAAACAUCCACUUCAUUUUUCUUUCCAAGAUGGGAUAAUUCCUGAGAUCUGUCCUGCAGAGGGUGAAGAAACCUGGUCUUUGAACAUUAAACGCGGCAUCCUCAGUGUUUUCCAAGAUUCGUACACAGUGAAUAAAAAGGAAACUGUCGAGGAGGUUGAUAUUUUGGGCAAGUGUCCAUCUACAUAUAAGGUGCAAGGUUCUCUUCUUGUGAAGUCCAAAGACCUGAACUGUUGUUCCCUACGUGGUAUGGCUGUUACUUCACUGCAGUCAGUUGUUCUACCAGAUCCUACAUCUCACCAACAGAUCCUGGAUUCUCAGCUGGAAUGUGUGCAGAGCUACAAAGAUGGUGUCAUAGAAGUUACUACUUGUAGUGAGUCAAAUGUCUUUCGACCUUUCUCCAAAGAAGGAAAGGGUGCAAAGACAGAGAUCUUCACGACACUGAAACUCUUGAAAAAGGAAGAAGUAACAUCCAUGCCCAGAGCAGUGGACCUGAAGCCAUUCCGCCUCAGCACUUUGCUGUUUGAGAGAGAAAGUGAACAAGGGAAAAGGGAACAAUAUGCAAGUGCAGAAAGAGUAGCAGAGGCAGUGAGACAACUUUGCUUAGCCAAAGGCAUGACCUUGGAGUCUGCAGAUCUUUUCAUGUCGCUGGUGUUUGACCUCCGGAGACUUUCCAUAGAUGAUCUUCGAGACUUGUGGCAGCGAGCAUUGUUCAAGUGCAGAGACGAUUGGCAGCCUCUGGUGGACACUUUACCAGCUUGUGGAACCGAAGCAUGUAUCAGUUUCCUGACAGAAAUCAUUCUGUCUAAAGAGCUGGAUAAAGACAGAACCGAUACCUUUCUGUGGUCCUUGGCUUUCAUUCCAGAACCUACAGCAUCGAUGGUCGCCACAAUUACUGCUCUGAUGGAAUCACCAGAUGCAAGUAGGCAGACCUUUCUUGGAACUUCUUCACUGCUUCAUAACUUUUGUUCAAAAAACAGAAGAUGUCAAGCAGUACCUGAGGUACAGGAGUUUAUGAAGAUUCUGGAAAGUUAUGUCCAAGGAAACUGUAAAGCACGGGAGUCUGAGAAAAGGGAAAAGGUGCUGAUGUCCUUGAAAGCAAUUGGAAAUGCAGGUCUUGCUGCUGGUGCUCUGAUCCCGACACUGAAUAAGUGUGUGCAGUCUAAAACUAAUCCGCUACAAGUGCGACUUGCUUCUAUUUAUGCUUUCCGGAGAAUUCCCUGCGAAGCUGAUCGCUCUGUGUUAGUUCAGCUGUAUCGGACAGUGGAUGAAGAUGUGGAGCUCCGAAUUGCUGCUUACUACACAUUAAUGAAAUGUCCCAGUGAUCAGCUGUUUGAAAUCGUGGGCCUCACUCUACGGAAAGAAAGAUCCAGUCAAGUGGGCUCGUUUGUGUGGACCCAUUUAUCCCAGCUCAUGGAAACCAAUGACCCCCUCAAACAGCAGCUGAGGGAAUCACUUCCCAAUUAUAUCAUCAGCAAAGACUUUGACCUAGAGCACUGGAAAUAUUCAUCAUAUACGGAUGCCACUUUUCUAUCAGAACCAUUUUCUGUUGGGGCAAACACAGAAGCUGCCCUUGUUUUCUCUCCGAAGUCCUUUUUGCCUCGUUCAGCAAUGGCAAAUCUCACCACGUUUGCGAUGGGCUACGCUGUCAAUCUCCUGGAGGUUGGCAUUCGAGUAGAAAAUGCUGAGUAUCUUGCACAGAAAAUAUUUGGUCACAAGCAACCCCCUUUUAUGGAUGGUCCCAAGCAUGUGAAGAAUUCAGGAAGAAAAUGGAGGAAGAAAAGCUCAGCUAAAUUUUCUGUUCAGCCUCUCAAUAAGAAGGGAGCUGUGCCAAGGCACACUGUCAGUAGAUCAGAGGCAGCAAAGCAUCAGAUGGAGAAACUCAAGCCUCGAAGGAUAAAAAAAAGCUGCCAAAAUGUUGACUAUAACAGAAUUAAUGAAAUAGAAACCAAGUUUACGAAAAGAAUGGAAAAGAGGAAGAAGAAGCUGAGUUGUGGACUGAGCAUGAAGAUAUUUGGAAAUGAAAUGAGUUUCUUUGACUGCAGUGAUUUGAGGAUGCAAAUAAAGCAAUACUCUUUAGAUAUGGCAGAAAUUGCAAUAAGACUCUUGAAGGGUCAAGAAGUUCAGUUUAACAGAAGGACAAGUCUAGCCACUGAGGAGAUGACAUUUUCAUCCAUUUCAGGCCUCCCGAUUAAACUUGCUGUAAAUGCAUCUGCUGCCAUCAAUAUUAGAAUUAGAGGAAAUGUGGACCUUAAACAAUGGACAGACUUUGUCAUCACUGGUUUUAUCAAGCCAAGUGCUCAUAUUCAUGUAUCUGCCCACAUGGGACUUGAUGGGACAAUCGGUAAAGCUGGUUUGGAGUGGGUGGCUGGAAUGAGGACGCUGACAAGCCUAGAUGGUGGAAUCCAGAUGAAGAAAGGAAAAGAUUUGAAAGUUUUCCUCAACACACCACAGGAAACAAUGGAGAUCAUCGACAUCAGCUCAAGACUUUACACUGCAAACCCAGGUGGAAAGGAGGAAAUUAUUGGAUCUCUUGAUCGGACAGAAGCAAGAACAUGUAGUGAAGAAGAAUUUUCCAGACAAAUUGGAUGGCAGAUUUGUUCUGAAAUGUCAUAUCCCACGGGAACUACUGGUCCUGCAUUUCCACUGUCUGGCCCUGCCGAAGCGUCAGUUAUGCUAAUAAAACGUGACAAAGGACUGCAGCAGUAUCUGCUGGAGGCAGCAUACUCCUACGUCACACAGAAGAACACCUGGUUUCCUGCUGAGGCUGUACUGCACUUUUUUAUGGGAACCCCACAGUCAGAUGUCAAAAGGGAUAUAGCCAUUGAUUUUCAGUUGAACUACUCCAAGCGGAAACUAUCAGCCAAAAUUGUUCAUCCAAAGAAGAUGAUAAAAAUAGUUGGAGAAAUUACAAAAAUAAAACACACUCGCUCGGGAAAGCUUGAAGUUCUCAUUGAUGACAGAGACUUGUAUUAUGUUAAGGGAUGGACCAACUUGCAAAAUCUUGAUGGAGAGCAGAUGUUUUUUUCCCAGUUAGAAGCCAAAUUUACAAAGCAUGGGAGUCCUAUAAUACUGUCUGGCAAUGUAACCAGAGUCCCUGGACAGAAAAUAGCAUUUCUUAUAUCACUUAACAAUGUAAUGAAAGAGACAGCUACUGUGUCAGUUCAUUUGGAGCAAAGACUUGAUGAGAAACAAAAGCAGUACACAAUAGAGGCUGACACCUACCUUCCACGCAUUCUGGGGUGCCAGAUAAUUGGUUUCUUGCAGCAAAGGGGAACCACUUGGUCUUCAACACUACGAGCAAGAUACGGGCUCUUUGGUGAUGCCCUGAAUCUUCAGCAUGAAUGUAACAUGGCUGAGAAAAUUAAGAGAGAGGCGAACCCUAUGGAAACUUAUAAACUCCAAGUGCAACAUGAAUUUCACUGCACUCAGAUCACGUCCUAUAAUCAUAAGCUUCAUCUCCAACACGAGGAAAAUGAAUCACGGACUCACACACAGCUCGAAAUCAAUUAUGGGAGGCACUGGGAUGAGAUAAAUAAUAAGAAAAAGAUUUUCAUCACUCAAGUGUUUAAAAAUGACUCCAGUCUCAGCUUAACCAAUUACUUCAUGGAGUUCACCUUGCAAAUUCCAGAAAAACAAAUUAAUUACAAGACACAACUGCAGCAUUCCCACUUGCUGCAGGGUUACGCUGAGAGCAACACACAAGCCAAAGUACUCUACAACGACAAGAUCCCAUUCCAGGCAGGACUUCAGUGGAAGGAUACCUCAAAACCUAAUUUAAGGAAGUGGGAAGGUUCAUUAAAGCUGGAUACUCCUUGGCUUUAUCUCCAUACUUCACACAAGCUGAACCAACCUCACGUUCGUGCUUACCAAUCAAGUGUAGAAAUUACAGCAGCCAAGGCUAUAUCUGUGAAGAAUUUGGUAAUCUACACCUACUACAAGAACAAAGGCAACAAAAGGGAAGGAAGAAUCCAUAUUCAUACUCCCAGCACCACCUACUUAAAGGCAUCUACUGUGGGAUACAUCACAGAGAGUCUGUUCAGGAGCCACAGUGAGGUGGUCACACUUUGGAACCUGCCAGUUAAGAAUAAGAUCCUUCUGGAAAGUAAAGAAAAACUCAAAACCUUCUGGUUUUGGAUAAAGCAUCAGAAGAAGAUGCUUAAUUUCACAGCUAGCUAUGUGAGCAGAGAGGAGUCAAAGAAGAGAAAAAUCCUAUCAGUGGUAGCCCUUUGGACCACCAGUAAGGGCCCACCUUUGCUGAUGCAGUUGAUCGGACAGACUGAGGAGCUGAAGAGGGAGAAGAUGUUAUUCCAGAACCGUGCAUCAAUCCAAUUUAGACACCCUUUUAAGCUGUCAAUUCCGCAGAACACCCUCCUACAGGAGACUUUCACUGUGGAUAAGCGGAAGAUGCAUUAUGCUUUGGAAGUAAAAGCCUUGGUGAAUGAGAAAGAGGAAACUGUUCACACACUUACCCUUGGAUACCAGCCUGAAAAACCAUUUGUUUGUGUUGGUUUAACACAUCCUUAUAGUGGUGAAGUAAUUCCAAAGAACAUGGAAGUCUGUGUCAAAACGAAGACCGACCAUGUUGCAACAUUUGAGGCAGAAGCAACAAUGAAAAUCAACAAAAGAGAUGCUCUGACAUUUCAUGGACAAUAUCAGAAUAAAUCAACUGACACAGAUUUUUGGUAUCUUGUACACUUUGACACAGACCAUAGUCUACAGCUACGAGUUCCACAUACAUUAAUACUGGAUGGGGAAUUGUUCAUGAUGCAGAGCAAGAAUGAGAGUUUUAAUUAUGGAGCUAAUUGCAAAUUUGCCAUCAAUAAGCUGGAUACCUCGCAGUUCUCUGUUCAGAUGAAUGGCUCUUCCAAUGAGAUACGAGUUUAUUCCGAGUUCAGUCACCCCUACCGAUCAGCAGUACCAUACACUUUCCAGGCCUAUGCAACAGCAAAGAAUUAUGAUGAGACUAAUUACAAUGGCACAUUCUAUUUACACUCCAAUGGUAAAGACCUAAUGGUAACAGAGUUUGAUGUUGUGAAUGAGAAUAAAAGGAACAUCGGGAUUCUGGGCAUUAAAGCUGCUCUUCAUCAGAGCUUGCUGGCUGGACCUGUGAACAGCCAAUUUCAGAUAACAGUGGAGACAUACAAGUCAAGAUUCUUACUAGUUUCCAGUCUACAGUUUGAUGAGAAAGCUAUUGAGGUAGAUGUGAUGGGUUUGAAAGAGUACCAGGAAGGUUUGCUCAUGUCAUUGACCGGAACUGUCCAGCACAAUAUGAUUAAUGGGCUGAAAAUCCCACAAUUCCUGCACAUGGAUGCAGUUCUAAAACAACAGAAUAAUACCAAUAAAGGUGACCUGAAAAUUAAAAUUGGAGGCAUCCUGUACAGGCUGCACCUUCAAAAUAUCAAUACCUUCAGUAGCACUGCUGCCCAUGAAUUGAUUCUCACAUUGACCCAAAAUGGUAGCACAACAAUCCCAGCAAUGAUUGAGUUUAAGGGACAGCUGGAGCUGGGACAAGAAUCAAGACUGGGCCAGGCCUGUUGGCAAACUGAUGAUAGAACAAUAUGUUUCCAGCUUUUACAGGUCACCAAAGCAAACCAGACCAAGGUCACUGGCAAAGUGACUCACAACCUGGAAGAACUGAUAACUACAGUGUGGAGGAACUGGAAAAACUUGGUCUCCCAUUCUCAUCCAUUGGCAGCUACCACUAUCAGAAUCUGAGAAAUGGAUACAUUGCCAAUGUAAAUAUGAGAUUAGAGAAACAGCACCUCAGAGCAGAAAUAGAGCAGAGGAGCACCAUGAGAACAGGGGAGGUCUUUUUGUCAUUUAACCAUGAUGUAAC